AUGUCACUUGGCCUGUUCAACCCAGCAAGUCUGGCGUUAAACAAUAAAUUUUUACCAGUACACUGUGUGGUCACACGUGAUGAGUGUCCACAACGUGUUUUGCAAGAUGGUUUUGUAAUCAUUCCAGCACAUACUAAAUUUCAUGAUAUUGUUCCUGUUGUUUUACGUAGUAUGGAAGCUGAUGUUGGUAAAAUAGAACAAGAUGAAAAAAUUGAUGGUGAAAUUUUAAUUAAAAAUUGGAAUCCAUUAUCAAUUGAAGCAGUUACUGAAAAUCGUACAGUUACUGUUCAAGAUAUUCUAGGUGAUCUGAUGAAUAUUGCUAGAUUACAAAUACGUAUAUCUUCAAAAUGUUCAAAUUCAUCGGAAAAUAGACGAACAAAUCAUUAUUUUAAACAAUCAAUAUCUUUAAUGACUGAUGAUAGAGAUAAAAAUGAUUGUGAAUAUGAUGAUCAACAUAGUCCAAAUGGUUAUUCAUCAAAUUCUAAUACUACUGACGGUGAUAAUAUUCCAUUAAAUCUUUCAAAAAAACCAUGUUCAUCAUCAUUAAAAUCAAAUAUGCAUUAUUCAAAUACAUUUGCUAGUCUUCUAUCAUUAACUCAACAACAAUAUGAUUCAACAUCAACAAAUCGACGUCAACGUGAACGUACUACAUUUGAUCCUCAUGAAGAAACACCACGUUUAUUACAAAUAUUUACUGAUACAAAACAUCCUACACGUUAUCAAAUAGCAUCAAUAUGUGAAACUCUCAAUGCUUUACCAUGUCGAAAAGGUAAAAAAGCUCUUGAACCAUAUAAUAUUCAAUAUUGGUUUAAGAAUGCUCGUGCUGCACUUAAACGUAAAAAACGUCGUUUUAUACCAUCGGAAACAGCAACCAUACAAGAAUAUACAACAAAAUGUGAACUUGAUUCAUCAGAUGAAAUUGAUGAUGAUGAUGUUGAUGAUCCAAUGGAUGAUACUGAUGAUAAUAAUCAAAAACAACAAAAUCAUCAUAAUAAUUAUUAUUUUAAUUAUUUACAAGCAUUUGAUAUAUCAUUAACGGAUCAACAAAAACAAAAAUUAACACAUUCAGAUGAAAGUAAUGAUGAUGAUAAUGGAAGUUUAAUUAGUAAUGAACAAUCACCAUCAACACAAACAUCAUUAAAUUCAACAAAAUUAACAACAUUUGAUUAUAAUCGUUCAAGACGUAAUCGAAUAUUUAUUGAUCCAACAAGUGAAGUACCUAAAUUAGAACAAUGGUUUGCUAUUGAAACACAUCCUGAUCAUUUAUUAAUUGAACGUAUUUGUUCAGAAUUAAAUGAAGGUGAAUAUCGAACAAAAUUUCCUAAGCUUGAAACAAAACAUAUACGUUUAUGGUUUAAAAAUCAUCGAGCAAAAGUAAAACGUAUAUGUCGUAUACAAACACCUAAUGAUGAUAAAACAACAGCAGUAGCAAUUAAAACUGAAACAACAGAAAAAUAA